UUGAGGCAGUGUUUCCGAAUUGCUAUCUCAUUCUUCAAGCAUUCAAUGCGUUCGACUUUCAAUACAACUAUCAGUCCUUGUCUUUCGAACAGGACGGUAACCAGGACCUUCUGCUCAUGUUGCUGAUCUCUCUGGAAACAGCUCGCACUGUUUUCGGUUCCCCAUUACACAUGUACUGAUAAUUACGGUUUCGGACCGAAUUGGCCCUGAACUGACUCAAAGCGGAGAACAAAGGAAGACGCUUUUUAACCGUUUCUUUUUAGCAUGUCAUUGUUUCUUAUCCACCACCCAUCUCAUCGUUCAAAUGCCCCCAAAAUCAACUCAAGCCCUUUCCCGUCCUGCUGGCCCUGCGAUUCUCGGUUUGCGUGGAGGAGCGCGUCGCGGUGCACCCCGCCUGCAAGUCAUCCCAGCUUUGAAUAGUGGCGACCAUAUUACGACGGUUGGCGUCAAGCGAUCGGCGUUCGGUGCCACUGGUAGAUUGGUCAAAAUUAAGAUCAAUGCCUUCCCUACUACGGUGCCCGAAUGCACCAUUUACCAGUACGACGUCGUCUCAUCGGACAAGAUGACGGAGAUCGCGCCUGAGGUCUUCAACCCUCGCGCCGUUUACGAUGGACGCAAGAUUGCAUUCACGGUCAAGAGACUCGACGUUGACGAGAAAGGUUCGGUCGAGUUCAAGAUUCCAUACGGAAACAAACCGUCGGGCCCAAAUUCAACUCCACCACGCGUCUUCAAGAUAAAGCUUACGGAGGCUUCAGUCGUCAACCCACAGGUUCUAAAACGGUUUAUCGAGGGUAAUCAGUCACUCGAGAACAGUGUCUUGACGGCGAUCACGGCUCUGAACGUCGUUGUACGCAUGGAACCUUCCCUCAACCACCCCUUUAACAUCCGCUCCUUCUUCACUGACUCUGAGAUUUCAAAUGUCGGACUCGGCGUCCAGCUCUGGCGGGGAUACUUCCAGUCCGUGCGACCCACCAUCGGAUCGAUGUUCAUCAACAUCGAUAUUUCCACGGGGGCGAUGUACAUGCCUGGGACACUAACUGAUGUUCUUUUGCAGAUGCUUGGAAGGAAGAACACAGCCUUGAACCCGAGGACGUUCAUCCCUGGUCCGGGGCUUACCGCUAGUGAUAUCCGCAAACUGAGUAGACAGAUUAGCGGCGUGCGUGUUACGGUAAGGUUCCCUGGGCGGUCGGAUCUCGAAAGGGUCGUGAGGAAGCUAUCGUUGGAGGGAGCUCGUGCCAUGUGGUUCACGUCCCCCCAGAAUGGACUGACGAACGUCGUGGACCAUCUCCAGCGGAUGUAUAAUGUGCGCUUACAGUACCCCGACUUCAUUUGUGCGGAGAUCGGGAAUGGUGCUUUCAUACCUAUCGAGCUCUGCUAUAUCAAGCCUGGCCAGAUCAUGCGGAAGCAAAUUUCGGGAGAGGUCAUCGCGAAAGUUCGAGACUUCUCGACGAUGAAGCCGAAUGACCGACUGAGGAGUAUCACGCAGGGACUUGAUGUACUGGCGUAUGGUCGCUCGGAGUACGUGCAGCAUUUUGGCAUGACCGUAACCUCUCGCGAACCUCUCGAGGUUAACGCGCGAAUCUUGGUCCCGCCUGUCCUGGAGUAUGGUAAGAACAGUCGACAAAAGACAAUUACACCUAAGGAUGGGAAAUGGAACAUGACGGACAAACACCUCUUCGAGCCGAAACGUGUCACGAAGUGGGUGCUGAUCAUAUUCGAGUUAAAGAAGCACUUUGACCCGGUGACAUGUUCAAAAAUGACUAAAGCAUUUAUCGAUGCGUGUAAGAAAGUCGGUAUCCAGAUUGACGACCCAGCCCAAACGACGUGGUUCAAUGGCCAAGGUACGGUCGAACAAGGCCUCGUUGAUGCUGCCCGAAUGAAGCCAACUCUCAUCGUUGCCGUCUUGCCGACGAAUGCUAAUGAUAUCUACAACAAGAUAAAACAUUUCGGUGAUUGUGUUGCUGGUAUCCCGACGCAAUGCAUGAUUGGACACAAGUGCUCGUAUGCCAAACCGCAAUACUUUGCGAAUGUGUGCUUGAAGCUGAAUGUCAAGCUUGGAGGAAUCAAUCUUAUUCCGUCGUCAGAGUCUGUGACUGCCCUGACGGACUCACGGUACCCGACUAUGAUCAUCGGUGCGGAUGUUAUGCAUCCUCCUCCCGGGGCUAACGACCGCCCGUCGUACACGGCUGCGGUCGGUAGUGUGGACUCACACACAGCAAGAUACGUCGCGACGAUGCAAGUCCAGAAAGGACGACAGGAAAUCAUCGAGCAUUUCCAGGCCAUGUGUGAGGAGCUGAUCAUGGAUUAUUGUGGCUACCACCAACACGUGGAGAAGAAGACUCCGGCGCAGAUUAAGCCUAAGCGUAUCAUUGUUUAUCGAGAUGGUGUUUCUGAAGGACAAUUUAAGGAGGUUCUCGAUACUGAACUCGCAGCACUGAAAGCGGCGUGCAAGAAAUUGGCAGUGGACGCCAAGAUCACGUUUAUCAUUGUUGCAAAGCGUCAUCAUAUUCGGUUCUUCCCGACAAGCAGAGAAACUGCAGAUGAUACUGGCAAUUGCCAAGCAGGCACCGUUGUCGAUCGAGGCAUCGGCCACCCCACCGAAUUUGACUUUUAUCUUCAGAGUCAUGGGGGAUUGUUGGGAACCAGUCGGCCCACGCAUUAUUCGGUUCUACAUGAUGAGAAUCAGAUGACUCCUGACAACCUUCAAACGCUCACAAACGCUCUAUGCUACGUAUACGCCAGGUCGACACGAGCGGUAUCUAUACCAGCACCCGUUUAUUAUGCGGACAUGGUAUGUUCCCGAGCAAACUAUCAUUUCUCUCCCGACUCGCCCUUGGGGAUGGACGAAGAUUGGAGCGCCUCCUCAGAUACGGGUUCGGGAACGCCUGCAGAAAUUCUUGAGAAGUACCGCAGGUUCUUUAAGCCUGUGCAUAAAGACCAAAGAAAGAAGAUGUACUUCCAGUGAUCUAUUCUCUUGUUGUAUUUUGAAACGUCCAGUCAAGUUUUCUUCCCUUAAUGACAUGCUUUGUUUGGCAUAGCCCUGUGAGAACGAGGUAAGGACCUGUUGGGCUGCGGGACCUUUUCAUGGCGUUCUAGGCUCUUGUCUCCUAAAAUGGGGUCCCCUUGGACCGUUCCUUCUAUUUCAAUGGAUCGAUCUAUCUGUAAUGAAU